GAUGGACAAAACCGAACCCCGUUCUUAUAUCCCUUGCUCCACACAUUAAUCACUCUAAAAAACCAUUCACUUGCAGUCGAUUCCUUUCCAAUUAGGCCUCAUGGAUGCUGUCAAAUUUUCCCAACUUGCUGCAGUAUCAGCAACUCUCCUAGUCUUUUCUUCAAUCCUAGUAAAUGGACAGAUUAGCACACCAUGCACAACCUCAAUGAUCACCAGCUUCACCCCAUGUUUUAGUUUUAUUACUGGAAGUACCAGUAAUGGUACAUCGCCAACAUCUGACUGUUGCGGUUCGUUGCGAUCGCUAAUGGGCACUGGCAUGGACUGUGCUUGUCUUCUUUUAACUGCCAAUAUCCCUGUUCAGCUACCCAUUAACCAAACUCUAGCACUUUCCCUCCCACGAGCAUGUAAUAUGGGUGGCGUGCCCCUACAGUGCAAAGCCACUGGCUCACCUCUUCCAGCACCAGGUCCUGUCUCAUUUGGACCAACUCCCGCACCCAUAGAUGCUUCUCCUUUUAGCCCCCGAGCUUCUAAAGCGGUGGCAGAAGCUCCAGCACCACAAUCUGAAACAACAAUGCCAUCAACACCCGCGUCUCCACCUCCGGUUGUUGAUGCAGAAGCCCCAACAACAACAACAACAACUUCUGGGAUCCGACCUGUGCUCGUCCCCUCGGCAUCUGCUCCUCCAUCUUAUGCUUCUUCAGGAUCUCUCCUUCUUCUUCUUCUUCUAGGAGUCGCGGCUUUUUAAGUCCUUCUAAUUAAGUUGCUUCCAUUUUUAUUUUUUGUGUUCCAAUUCUUCUAACCCACCAAUAUAGAAUGUGUACUACACCUGAACAAUCACAUAAUUUAUAUUUUUCGUUAAUUAAUAAUUAUUCCUUUUUUUCA